AUGAAUACCGUUGUUUCAUCAGGCAAUUCUAAUUCGUAUAAGCAUGACAAAAAGUCAACAUUCCUUUAUAAGCUAAACGAGGAGAGAUGGGCCUUCAUCAUGUCCUGCUUGAUUGACAAGGAAGUCGUUGUUAGCCUUGAAAAUGGAUCCGAAAUUAGAGGAACAUUCAAUUCAUUUGAUCCAGGAAGUAGGGGCACGAACAGAGCAGUUGACAUUGCCUUAAACCCAAACCCUGCUGCAACGAAUGAAAAUACACGUAAUAAGCCAACCAUCGUCUACGGAAACGAGUACCAUUUUUUCUCCUCCCACCAAAUUAGCAGAAAUUUAUUCAAGCACAAGGAACACAGACCAAAUUCCUCAAGAAAGUCAUCAUACGGAAAGUUUAAGACAGAUUCGGAAAUAUCAUCCACCAAACCAAAUAAAGUUAACUCAGUAUUGACAGAGUGGAGAUCAUCAGAAUCCGUCAACGAAUCACAACUUGUUGAACUCGAUAAAACACAAACUGAAGAAUGGGACCAAUUCGAGACCAACAAUAAAGAAUACGGAGUUGUAUCAACGUUUGAUGAAAAUCUAUAUACAACAUCACUCAACUUAAGCGAGAUCCCAGAUAGCGUAAGGGAGAAAGCGGACCAAAUUGCAACUGAAAUUGAGAACAAUCCUGAAACUAAUUUUGCACAGAUUGAGUCAACUUUAGAAGACGAGGAUGUCACAAAUAACGAAGUUCGCCCACCAGUAAAGCCUCAAAAGGAACCGAAGAAAAGAGAGAAAAAUCAUACCUCAAGAUCAAGGUCUAAAAACUUAUCACAUGAAGUUACACAUGAAAAGACGGCUGAAUUCCACGCUCACGAAACAGAUAAACCCGAAGUGGAGAGGCAACAAUUAUCAAGACCGAGACACGAUAAACACUUUUCACACCAAAUUGGGGUUAAUGCUCUAAACAUCGAACCAGCUCAUCCAAAAACUGAAGGAUUGGGACCAUUUACUGACAGAAAGCAGAAACAUUCAGUAGAACCUGAAAAGCAAACUAAGAGUAUGGAAAAAAAUAAUGAGCGUCAAGAAAGAUUUGAAAAGGUCGAAAGAAGAGAAAAGUCCAUUGAAAGGGUGGAAAAAUUAGAAAGGCAAGAAAAAAUGGAAAAGGCUGAAAAACCAGAGAGACCCGAAAAAUUAGAGAAGGUAGAUAAGCCAGAACCUCCCACUGAAAAGCCAGAACAGGUAGUAGAGAACCUCGAAAAGGUGGAAAAGGUAGAAAAGUCAGAAAAACCUGAAAAGUCGGAAAAACCUGAUAAACCCGUUGAAUGGGCAGAAAAGUUUGAUAAAACUGAAAAGGUAGAAAGGCAGGAAAGGUUUGAAAGACAUGAAAAGAAAGAAACCCACGAAAGGGGUGAUUUAUCACCAUCCUUUAGAAGAAAUGAAGAAAGGACUAUUGUGGAUUCAGAAUCAACGAAACAUACAAAACAACAAACACAAUAUCAAUCUCCAAAACAGUCAAUUAAGAUGGAUUCAGAACAACAGAAGAAGUCAUUUAAGUUCAAUCCCAAUGCAUCCAGUUUUACCCCAGGCGUUACUACGGAAAAACCAGCACCUACACGCGAUCAUGAGUUCCAAACCGGAACAGUUACCCCAAAAGUAACUAUGCCGAGAAGAUCAGAAUUCAGACCUUUCAAACAAUUGGCAAGAUUCCCGAGGCUAGAUCUUAGAGAAUUCAGAGCUUCUAACAGCUCCAGGUUUACUGAUCCAGGAUACGAAGAAAGAUGGACAGGAAGCGGAAGUGUAAGUUACAGGGAUAUUUUGGGUGACCUUAAUCCUCUUCAUCUCCAAACUCUUCAAAUGAGACCACCACACCACAUGAUUACGCACCCGCAAAUGCCACCUGUAAUAUUUCCAAUGGGACCACAACUCGCUUAUCCACCUUACACAAUGGGAUCACUACCAGUUGGAAUGGUUCACUACGGUCCACAGAUCCAUCCGAGGUUGUAUAACGGUGUUCAGUACGCCCCUGUAAUACCAAACCACGUCAUGACUAGGAGAAAUCACAUGCCCUCAAACCAACACUAUCCUCCUAUGAACAUGAACAUGCUUUACAAACAAUCUCAGCCACAGUCAAUCCCCAAGGACCAUUACAUGAAGUCUCGUAGCAAUGAUAACUUUGAUGAUAAGCAUAAAGGUUACGGAAAUAACUCUAAGCAGAUCACAAAAAGGUGA